CCCGUGUUGAAAUUCAAAAGCGAGGGCCCAAAAGUCUAGAUCGUACGCGCUUGGAUUCCUUCAACGGUUCCAGACAUCAAUCACUAUUUUACUCCGGUCAAUUCUAGUCUAGACUUUUUUUGUUCUUGAACCGUUCUUCGAUUUUCAAUUCGCAAAUUCCUUUAUAUUCAUCUUCAUCUGUCUGUAUCUUUUCGCAUCUCUCCAUUUGGUUUAGAAUCUCAGGAGUGUUUCUUUACUUUUGCAAAUUUCGUGCCGCAAAAUUCAAUAUGUUUGGGCUCAAGAAACCUCAUUUCCCUCACAGAAUUUCUAAAACCAACUCAGUUGACCCUGGAUUCCCUGGUCAACAUGCUUCAAAUCCGUUCGAUUCUGAUGACGAGUCAGACAAAAAGUCAACCUUAAACGCGGCAAGAAGAACUUCAUCUGAACCUUCUGUGUUGGUCCCAGAUUCAAGAGCCGCUCUUUUUGAUGAUGACGAGGUUAAAAGAUCAGGUUACAAAGUUGCUUAUGCGUCAAGAAACAAGUACAAAAACGAUUUUGUUGAUUCUGGUGGUUUGGAGAACCAAGAUGUGCAAGAACUGGAACAUUAUGCUGCUUACAAAGCGGAAGAAACUACAAAAACGGUUAACAGCGCGUUAAAAAUUGCGGAAAACAUAAGAGAAGAUGCCACUAAAACUAUGAUUACGUUGCAUCAACAGGGUGAACAGAUUACUAGGACCCACAUGACUGCUGCUGAUAUCGAACAGGAUCUUAGCAGGGGCGAGAAGCUUUUGGGAAGUCUCGGGGGCAUAUUCUCGAGAACCUGGAAGCCUAAGAAGGGUCAUACAAUUACCGGGCCCGUGCUCACCAGAGAUGAUCCGGCACAACGAAAGGGUGCCCAUUUGGAACAACGAGAAAAACUGGGACUGUCCACAACUCAAACUAAGGGACAGUGGCAUUCGAGAACUCCACCCCCUGAACCCACAAACGCGUUGCAGAAAGUCGAGUAUGAGAAAACAAAGCAAGAUGAUGCCCUGUCAGACUUAAGUAACAUCCUCGGGGAGCUUAAAGAAAUGGCUGUCGACAUGGGUUCAGAGAUUGAAAGGCAAAACAAAGCUCUUAAUCCUCUUGAAGAGGAUAUUGAUGAGCUCAAUUUCCGAGUUAAAGGUGCUAAUCAACGUACUCGACGUUUGCUUGGAAAGUAGAUCUUCCCCUGGUUCUUGAUUUCCGCUUGACAGUUGGUAUUCAUUUGUUCAUGGUCUGUAUGAUGUUGAUAACUUGAUGCAGAUAAACACUUGUUUGCAAGAGGUUAUAAUGCUCCCAGAAUUUUCUUACUA